AAUAAGCAGAAAUAAGCAGCACAGCACAGUUGUCUGUACUGUCUCUGCAACGCAGCAUGGAUCCUUCCCGUGGUCUCGGAAGUGGAAAUUGGAUCCGACGAUACUGUACCCAUUUCGUAUUCCACCCUUACUGGAUCCAUAUACAGUAGGUUGGCACGCGAGCCAAGGUUUCGUGACGCCGAUCUGUGCGCAGUCCAGAAGGGGAGUGUUAUUACAUGCUGCGCUGAUGGGGGUUCGGAAGCGCACGGCGCAGGCGCAGUGAGGGGAUGUAUGGUUGAAAACCACCAGCUAUGCCGCGGAGUACAGGAACCAGCAGUUGCUGCCAAUUGUGACUGAUCAUAAUAUUGAACUCGCUGAAACAGAACCGACUGCGGACAUAAAGAACGAAAGGGGACAGAAAUAUAGCCGCGCACCGCGACAUAUCUUGGGAUAUCUCUUUCACCCCUCCUCUCCAUCUCGGUGAAACUCGACUGGGCAGCGAUACGUUCUCUUGAAUGAUGUUUUUCUCCAUCUGAAGCACGGGGAUUUAUUUCAUUUCAGUUUUGUUUUGUUGACUUUUUUUGUAAAUAAAGACAACAACGAACAACAAUAAAGGGGUCAUUAUGAUGUUGUUAACAUUCCAUAGUAGAAGACAUUUGAAUUGUUUUUGUCCAGGGGUGUGCUUGCAGUUUUUUCUGUGGAUUUUAUGUGCCGUGUAUGGCGAAGAGCAGCCGUUCAGCGUGGAGACCUGGCUGCAGAGGUACGGCUACCUGCCGCGCACGGACCCCCGCAUGUCAGUGCUGCGCUCGGCCCAGACCAUGCACAGCGCUAUCGCUGCCAUGCAGCGGCUGUACGGGCUCAACAUCACCGGCAGCCUGGACCGCAGGACCGUGGACUGGAUGAAGAAGCCUCGGUGCGGCGUCCCGGACCAGCAGGGAGGGGGGUCCAAACUCAACGUGAGGAGGCGACGCUACGCCCUGACGGGCCAGAAGUGGCAACACAAGCACAUCACGUACAGCAUAAAGAACGUCACCCCCAAGGUGGGCCUGACGGAGACGCACGACGCCAUCCGGCGGGCAUUCGACGUGUGGCAGGGCGUGACGCCGCUGCGCUUCGAGGCCGUGCCCUACAGCGCGCUGGAGAACGGCAAGCGCGACGUGGACAUCACCAUCAUCUUCGCCUCGGGUUUCCACGGCGACAGCUCGCCCUUCGACGGCGAGGGCGGCUUCCUGGCCCACGCCUACUUCCCCGGCCCGGGGAUCGGAGGGGACACGCACUUCGACUCGGACGAGCCCUGGACCCUGGGGAACCCCAACCACGACGGAAAUGACCUCUUCCUGGUGGCGGUGCAUGAGCUGGGCCACGCCCUGGGCCUGGAACAUUCCAACGACCCCACCGCCAUCAUGGCUCCGUUCUACCAGUACAUGGACACGGAGAACUUCAAACUGCCUCACGACGACCUGCAGGGCAUCCAGAAGAUCUACGGCCCCCCAGACAGGGCCCCCCAGCCCACCCGGCCCCUGCCCACGGCCCCGCCCCCUCGCUCCCCGCCCGCGGACCCCCGAAAACACGACCGGCAGACGCGGCCCCCUCGCCUCCCCGCGGGGGACCGGCCGUCCCACCCCAACGCCAAGCCCAACAUCUGCGACGGGGGCUUCAACACGCUGGCCAUCCUGCGCCGGGAGAUGUUCGUCUUCAAGGACCAGUGGUUCUGGAGGGUUCGGGAUAAUGCCGUGAUGCCGGGGUAUCCCAUGCAGAUCGCCUACUUCUGGAGAGGUCUCCCGCCCAAGAUCGACGCCGUGUACGAGAACAGCGAGGGGAAGUUCGUGUUCUUCAAAGGGAGCAGGUUUUGGGUGUUCAAAGACACCACGCUGCAGCCCACCUACCCCCAGGACAUCUCCAUGUUCGGGAGCGGAAUGCCGACGCAGAGCAUCGAGACCGCCGUGUGGUGGGAGGACGUGGCCAAGACCUACUUCUUCAAAGGGGACUGGUACUGGAGGUACAACGAGGACAUGAGGACCAUGGACCCGGGGUACCCCAAACCCAUCACCGUGUGGAAGGGGGUCCCCGACUCUCCUCAAGGGGCUUUCGUGGACAAAGCCAACGGUUUCACGUACUUCUACAAGGGCAAAGAGUACUGGAAGUUCAACAACCAGAAGCUGCGCGUGGAGCCGGGCUACCCCCGGUCCAUCCUGAAGGACUUCAUGGGCUGCGACGAGUUCCAGGACCCCGAGCGGGACUGGAGGCCGGCCGAGGAGGACGUGGACAUCGUCAUCAAGCUGGACAACACGGCGGGCACGGUGAAGGCCGUGGCCAUCGUCAUCCCCUGCAUCCUGGCGCUGUGUCUGCUGGUGCUGGUGUACACGGUGCUCCAGUUCAGACGCAUGGGCACCUCCCAGCACCUGCUCUACUGCAAACGCUCCAUGCAGGAGUGGGUCUGAGCUCACCUCCCCCCCCCCCUCCUCCUCCUCCCCAAAUACAACCAGGCCUCGCGGACUGCGGGCGUGUUCCGUC